CCCAGUGUGCCCCGCGCGCGGCGGGGCGAAGCAGUGAGGCGGCGCGGGCGGCCGUCGGGGUUGGGCGGCGGCGACUGAGGAAGGCCUGCUAGAUAGAGCUUCGGUGGGAGCCGACCUCGGCGCGCGGCCACCAUGUCGGCGCCGUCGGAGGAGGAAGAGUACGCGCGGCUGGUGAUGGAGGCGCAGCCUGAGUGGCUGCGCGCCGAGGUGAAGCGGCUGUCUCACGAGCUGGCCGAGACCACGCGCGAGAAGAUCCAAGCGGCCGAGUACGGGCUGGCGGUGCUCGAGGAGAAGCACCAGCUCAAGCUGCAGUUCGAGGAGCUCGAGGUGGACUACGAGGCCAUCCGCGGCGAGAUGGAGCAGCUCAAAGAGGCAUUCGGGCAGGCACACACGAAUCACAAGAAAGUAGCCGCGGAUGGUGAGAGCCGGGAGGAGAGUCUGAUCCAGGAGUCAGCCUCCAAGGAACAGUACUAUGUGCGGAAGGUGCUGGAGCUGCAGACAGAGCUGAAGCAGCUGCGCAACGUCCUCACCAACACGCAGUCCGAGAACGAGCGCCUCACGUCAGUAGCCCAGGAGUUGAAGGAGAUCAAUCAGAAUGUGGAGAUCCAGCGGGGCCGCCUGCGUGAUGACAUCAAGGAAUACAAGUUCCGGGAGGCCCGGCUGCUGCAGGACUACUCAGAGCUGGAGGAGGAGAACAUCAGCCUGCAGAAGCAGGUGUCUGUGCUCAGGCAGAACCAGGUGGAAUUUGAGGGCCUCAAACAUGAGAUCAAGCGCCUGGAGGAGGAGACUGAGUACCUUAACAGCCAGCUGGAGGAUGCUAUCCGGCUUAAGGAGAUCUCGGAGCGGCAGCUGGAGGAGGCACUGGAGACACUGAAGACAGAGCGAGAGCAGAAGAACAGUCUGCGGAAGGAGCUGUCGCACUACAUGAGCAUUAACGACUCCUUCUACACCAGCCACUUGCAGGUCUCCCUGGAUGGCCUCAAGUUCAGUGAUGACACCACUGCUGAGCCCAAUAACGAUGCUGAGGCUCUAGUUAAUGGAUUUGAGCAUGGUAGCUUAGCCAAGCCCCUGCCGGACAAUAAGACAUCCACACCCAGGAAGGACAGCCUGGUGCCCCCCUCUCCCAGCCUUGUUUCCGAUCUGCUCAGUGAGCUUCACAUCUCUGAGAUCCAGAAGCUGAAGCAGCAGCUGGUGCAGAUGGAGCGGGAGAAGACAGGCUUGCUGGCAACACUGCAGGACACACAGAAGCAGCUGGAACAGGCGCGGGGAGCUCUCUCAGAGCAGGAUGAGAAGGUGAGCCGCCUUACAGAGAAUCUGAGUGCACUGCGGCGCCUGCAGGCUGGCAAAGAGCGGCAGACUGCCCUGGACAACGAAAAGGACCGAGACAGCCACGAAGAUGGUGACUACUACGAGGUGGAUAUCAAUGGGCCCGAGAUCCUGGCAUGCAAGUACCACGUGGCUGUGACAGAGGCCGGCGAGCUGCGGGAGCAGCUUAAGGCACUGCAGAGCACACAUGAAGCUCAGGAGGCCCAGCAUGCAGAGGAGAAGGUUCGUUACGAGGCCGAGGCCCAGGCGCUCUCUGAGAAGGUGUCCCUGCUGGAAAAGGCCAGCUGCCAGGACCGUGAUUUGCUAGUCCAUCUGGAAAAAGAGCUGAAGAAGGUGAGUGAUGUGGCUGGUGAGACCCAGGGCAGCCUGAGUGUGGCCCAAGAUGAGCUAGUGACCUUCAGCGAGGAGCUGGCCAACCUCUACCACCAUGUGUGCAUGUGCAACAAUGAGACACCCAACCGUGUCAUGCUGGACUACUACCGGGAAGGCCAAGGUAGGGCUGGGCGCAUCAGCCCUGGGGGCCGCACCAGCCCUGAGGGUCGUGGCCGCCGCUCACCCAUUCUGCUGCCCAAGGGGCUGCUGGCCACAGAUGCAGGCCGGUCAGAUGGUGUUGCUGGGGACAGCAGCCCCUCCCCCAGCUCUUCGCUGCCAUCACCUCUGAGUGACCCCCGCCGGGAGCCCAUGAACAUCUACAACCUGAUUGCAAUCAUCCGCGACCAGAUCAAGCACUUGCAGGCAGCUGUGGACCGAACAACAGAGCUCUCCCGGCAACGCAUUGCCUCCCAGGAGCUGGGCCCAGCUGUGGACAAGGACAAGGAGGCACUCAUGGAAGAGAUCCUCAAGCUGAAGUCGCUGCUUAGCACCAAGCGGGAGCAGAUCACCACUCUGCGCACUGUGCUCAAAGCCAACAAGCAGACGGCUGAAGUGGCCCUCGCCAACCUGAAGAGCAAGUACGAAAAUGAGAAGGCCAUGGUGACUGAGACCAUGAUGAAGCUGCGCAACGAGCUCAAGGCCCUCAAGGAGGAUGCAGCCACCUUCUCCUCUCUGCGCGCCAUGUUUGCCACCAGGUGUGAUGAGUACAUCACACAGCUGGAUGAGAUGCAGCGGCAGCUGGCGGCUGCUGAGGAUGAGAAGAAGACACUUAACUCCCUGCUGCGAAUGGCCAUCCAGCAGAAGCUAGCACUGACCCAGCGGCUGGAGCUGCUUGAGCUGGACCAUGAGCAGACCCGGCGGGGCCGCACCAAGGCUGCCCCCAAAGCCAAGCCAGCCACCCCGAGCGUAAGUCACACCUGUGCCUGCGCAAACGACAGGGCCGAGGGCACCGGGCUCGCCAACCAGGUGUUCUGCAGCGAGAAGCACAGCAUUUACUGUGAUUAGGGUUGUGGGGCGCCGCAUGCCACAGCUAACGUCUGCUUCACUUCAACUAACCCCGCAGCGGUGGGACAGUGGUGCUAGGCCAGUCUUAACGUGACUAAUGCACGGAGAGCAGGAUUCUAGCUGAGUGGCAGCGCGGGGCAUGGCUGUCACCAGGACGCUCCUGUGAGUUUGUGCCGCUUCCUACUCCAGUUCCCUCAGGAGCACUGGGUUAGUUGCUAUCUUACAGGUUCAGAGGUAGGGAUGGAGCUGUGUACCCUGGUGGAAGCCAGAUGUGUGGAAGUGUCUCCUAGGGGUCCCGGACACCUUAGGGAGAGAGUCCUGUCCCACUCCCUCAGCGCCCACAGAGGGACAGAACCUGAGUUGGAAGUUGCAUGUUCCUUGUAUGUGUGUAAUGUCAGCACCUGCAAGCAGUUCUAGGAGGUUCCAGUGUACGCCACAGGCCGAGCCUCAGUGGGCGACUCUGUGGUUAGCAGGGUUCCAUGGAAAGUUAUGUUUAGUUUGUGCAGGAUCUCACUACAGGUCCCAUCCAGGGCAAAAGUGCAGGAUUUCAUCCUUAAACCUAGACAAGAGUGGUCCUGAGCACCUGCAUUCUGCAAAUGAGACUCACACACCCUGCAGCCCAGAAGAGCAGAGCUCAACAGCCCCAAGGUCUUGUUUCUGAGAUCUGCAUGCUGGCCUGCUGGCCUGCAAGGUGACAAACUGGCAGGCCGGAGGCCAAGGGCUUCCUCCUUUAAAGAGAAAAGUGUUCCAAGUGCCUGGCCAGACCUUCUGUAUUGGGGUAAAUUAGCCACCUGUUUUUGGGCCUUGCUCUCAAGUGCUUUAGGCCCGAAGAAGCAGGGUGUGGAGAGUCACAGCCUGAAGUCUGAGUGGCCAGUGGACUUGGCUGGUCACACACAGUGGUAGCAAAGCCGAGCCCACACUGAGAGGGUGUGGCCAAGGCCCAAGGCUGGUUCCCAGACUUGGCAGGAUAUGGGUGGUUCUCCAGUUCAGUUUGGGGGUGCCAACAGAAAGCAGAAAGUCAGCUAAGGGCUCCCCUGGUUCUCAGAGGCUUCAUCCACACCAGAGCUGGGGCACUGGCUAUCUGAAGCAGAGCCCUUCUUAGUGUUUCCCUCCUGGUUUCCCAGGGAGCAGCAGGCCUGAGGCUGCCUUCUGCUCUCCUGACAGCUGCUUGUCUGCCUCCUUCUAGAAACAGGGUUGGUGCCGUUACACCACACAGGGCUGGCCGUGUUGUCCCCCACACAGCUGUCUGUCCCACUGUUUCCGUUGGUGCCGAAGGUGACUUGGUCUUCUGCAGAUUUUAGGCAAUGCAUGGUACAGAACAGUAGGAACGUAGGAUAGGACAUGGGUGUGCCCUGCACAUCCAUCCUGGGGAUGGCUGCCUGCAUGCCUGCCCCCCGCCUUGCUCUCUCUUCACCAGGCCAGCACGCAGCUUCUCUUGUACCUGUAGGGGGCUUUGCGGUCCCUCAGAGCCACCGGCCCCCCUAACACACAUGCAGGUCUCCUCUGCCAACUAACCGGCUCACACACUCCCAGCACGAUGAGAACUUAGUUGUCAAGUGAGCAGGAGGCAACAGGUGGCCCUUUUCUAAUGCUGUCUUGUUUUCUCCCAUUUUCAGCUGUAGAGUAGCUGCUGGGAGGAAGUGGCCACCCGGCCCUGUCACACUGCAGUCCCCCCCUCCCCUCCCGUGGCCCAGGCAAAGGAAGGAAGGGUAACCUAAAGUCCACUUAGAAAUGUUUUGGAUAUAUCACUGCAAUUUUUUUCCAAUAGUACACCCCAAGUUUUUACUGGGAGGGGAAAAAGCUUUAAUACAGAAUGCCGUGAGCGCUGCUUGGAAAGGCCUCUGUAGGGCCGAAGAACCUGCUUCCCAGCCACCACCAGGCUCACUAGGAGCCCGCUGGACACCCGCCACAGGGGUCCUUAUUACACACGUUCAUUUUUUAUCCGAUCAACCUGUGCACUUUUGAUAUUUUGAUACUAUAUUUGCUUCCUCAGUUUCUCUCCUAGAGACGGUCUCAGAUGCCGUGGUCUGUGCUUGUGGUCCUGUAGCUGUCGGUUGUAGCUCUGCCGUGUUGAUCUGGCAUCAGCACAAGGCAGGGCUGUCUCCGUAGUGUGUAGCUCUAGACUGGAGAUGAGGCUUUGGCCCAGCGAGGAGCUCGGCUAAGUAUAUCCGUGCUGUGGUUCAGCAGCCUUUUAGAUUAUACGGCAUUAUGGUUCAUGUUUGAAAUUACAGAUUUUAAAUGCCAUGUUCAUUAAGAAAUCCAGGGUAUUCCAAUUCUGGGGUUUUUCAUAUUGUAUUAUUAUUAUUCUUAGGAAUAGUUCAAUGUAACAAGAAGAAAACUUGACCUUUGUUCUGGUUAAAAUAGUAACAGGCACUUGAAAAAAAAGUUAAAUUAUUGAAUAAGUAGUAUUACCUACAAAUUCCAGAAUUUUCUGGGUUUUAGGACAUUGUGAAGCAUGACUGAUUAACAGAAUUUUAUACAACUGUACCAGUGAAAUUCCAAAUUGGAAUUGUUCUGUUAUUCUGGUUGUUGUGCCAAAUUAUGGUGCACUUAGAAAAUUCUACAGUUGUCGAUUUUUAGGGUGUUCUAUUUCAACGCCUUUUUGUUAGUAAUCAUUGCCAGUAGUGCCUUCAUCAGUUAAGGGAGGUGUCCCAGCAAAGUUACUUCUCCAGAGUGGGUAGUAAAGAGCUCGUUGGGAAUGCUGAAGGCCAGUGUGGACCAACAGGUGGCAGAGGUACUCUCCUCACACCUGGACCUGGGCAUCUUCGUUGAGGGAAAGAAAACAGUAAUUGUGCAAAAUUCUGUUAGUCAGUGAUUCUUUACUUGCAAAUUCAGGGGCUUAGAAAACAAAAACAAACACAAAACCUUGAGUGUGCUUUGGGAACCAAAUGGACUUACUAGGACAAGCUAAGCAAGCUGUACGAACACCACGUUUGUGAAGAGAACAGUGAGGAGCCGAGGGCACCAGAGCUGGCUCGGCUGGGGGACAAGGGUUAGCCAUAGUAUUCUUUGCAAAUGUGAAAACAAGGUAUUAUAUCUUCUCUUGCUUGGUGUAACUAAUCACUGUUAAUUUCAGGAAACAGAACUCAUUAAAGAUCCUUAGCAAACCAGGUCUGCAUCCUGUGCUGUUUGCUGAGUGAGGUUCACGGGUGUGGUCAGAUUGGUACUUGUGGAGGAAGAAAAACUGUCCUCCAUCCUCCAAAAUAAAGGGGACAAAUUAUAAUAAUAUAAAUUACAAGAAAUGAAGAAUUCUGUUUCCUGGAAUGAGCAUUUCUUAUUCCUAUUUGUUGGGACUCCUGUUUUUACCUUCUGUUACAGUGUUGAUUCAUAAAAAAUAUUGUUACAUUUGAGAUAACUUCAUCUGUAUGGGGUAUUUAUUUGCAUUGUCUACGUACUGUAUUUUUCCUGUGCAUUACCUUAGUGUCAGAAUGUUGGUCUUUAUUUUAAAAGUCAUAUGCAUGUUCUCCUGCCAAGGAACCUUUACACAGCCCCAAACAAAAAAACUAAUAAUAAGCAAAUGCCUUCAGUUUCUGAGAAAAUGAGGCAGAGCAUGGAAAAGGAAUAGGAAAGAAAAAUAAUUGAGACUCAAGACACAAGACGUGGCAUGAAUGUCUGCAAGGCCAACUCGCAUAGGAACAGUGGGCCUGGGUAAAGAGUCUCUUUGGUAGGACCAAUAAAUAAAGAGUAAUAAAAAUCAAAGCACA